GCACCGCGCACCAUGGGCAGCACCGACAUGAUGGGAACCGCCGAGGACUUCGCGGAUCAGUUUUUACGAGUCACUAAACAGUACCUCCCACACGUGGCCCGACUGUGUCUCAUCAGCACCUUCCUGGAGGAUGGGAUCCGAAUGUGGUUCCAGUGGAGCGAGCAGAGAGAUUAUAUUGAGGCCACGUGGAGCUGUGGCUACUUUCUAGCAGCACUCUUUGUCCUUAUCAACUUGCUGGGGCAGCUAGGUUGCUGCAUCUUGGUGCUUAGUAGAAACUUUGUACAAUAUGCCUGUUUUGGGUUGUUUGGAAUCAUAGCAAUGCAGACUAUUGGAUACAGCAUCCUGUGGGACCUGAAAUUCUUAAUGAGGAAUCUCGCUCUCGGGGGCGGGGUGUUGCUGCUUCUCGCCGAGUCCAGGUCGGAAGGGAAAAGCAUGUUUGCCGGGGUCCCCACCAUGGGGGAGAGCUCGCCGAAGCAGUACAUGCAGCUGGGGGGCCGCGUCCUCCUCGUCCUCAUGUUCAUGACCCUCCUUCAUUUCGACGCCAGCUUCUUCUCGAUCCUGCAGAACUUCGUGGGCACGGCUCUGAUCAUCUUGGUGGCCAUCGGCUUCAAAACCAAGUUGGCGGCUCUGACCCUGGUCGUCUGGCUCUUCGCCAUGAACGUCUACUUCAACGCCUUCUGGACCAUCCCGGCCUACAAGCCCAUGCACGACUUCCUCAAGUACGACUUCUUCCAGACCAUGUCUGUCAUCGGAGGACUCCUAUUGGUCGUGGCUUUGGGGCCCGGUGGGGUCUCCAUGGACGAGAAGAAGAAGGAGUGGUAACGUCCCACCGAGCCCAUUGCUGCCUGGAAACAUCCGGUGAAACAUCUUCUUCUCUGCCUCCUCUUCCUCUCGUGCCGCCAUCAUUGAUUCCCACCGAGCGUCCUGCUGACAGUAUCCGACCCCCCACCGAUGCUCGUCGGCCAUUACAGCGAGUCGGUUCCACUAAGGACUACAACUUAUGGGCCGGCCCUUGGUCGGCGGCGUCCCUUCCGGAUGGUACUGGGAUUGUUUCCGUGAUACUUAGUAUUAGUCGUACAAAUUGCAGUAAAAACCGAUGCCGCUGGGAUGUUCUGAGCCAUCGUUAUUGUGUAUUUGGGUCCGGAGGUGGAUGCUCCCUACCGAUAUAUGUUGCGCAGGUCCGUAGAUCUUUCUGAACCACCCCCCCUGGAGUCUGUGAUUGUCACUCAAGCAGAAAAUGAUGGUCCCCCAGUGUCAGGGCUGGCCAACUCAAGGCCCACGGGGGCUGCUGGUCCGCCAAGAGAUUUUUAUAGCCCCCGAGAUUUGCAUCAACCCCUUUUAAAGGAGAAGGAAAGGUAAAAAUCGGACUUCCUGCUCUUAGAAAAUCCCUUUCCAUCAGAGUUCCCCUUCCCCUCUCCAUCAGAGUUCCCCUUCCCCUCUCCAUCAGCGUUCCCCUUCCCCUCUCCAUCAGAGUUCCCCUUCCCCUCUCCAUCAGAGUUCCCCUUCCCCUCUCCAUCAGAGUUCCCCUUCCCCUCUCCAUCAGCGUUCCCCUUCCCCUCUCCAUCAGCGUUCCCCUUCCCCUCUCCAUCAGAGUUCCCCUUCCCCUCUCCAUCAGCGUUCCCCUUCCCCUCUCCAUC